CAGCUAAUUAGAGCUUCAAUAAUGAUAUUCAUUAGACAAGCACAAUUGACUACCACAACAGCAUCUCAAAGAAAACACCAGCAAUCUACAGGCUCUGUCAAUACUUCUGUGUAAAGAUGAAGGCUAAAUGCAUCUCCUUCAGUAACUUCAACCCAGUGGCUCUCUUCAGUCUCAUACUGUUGGCCAUUGGAGUAAUCUUGGGUGCAGUCAGUAUUGGAAUAGGGGAAUGGACACGUCUCGAGACCGUACGCACCAGCGAGGGUGUUCCAGAUGGUGCGACUCUGAAGAGUGUUGGACUGACAUCUCGUUGUAUCUCCUACACCAUCACCACAGAGAUUCUAGAGCUAGGUCUUAGCCUGGAUCAGCAACCUACAAGUGAGUGUGUUUCCGUUGGUGAUGUGAACUGCUCAAUGGCUGGCCUCCCACUCGUCAGUGCUCUGGACAGAUUCUCUCAUCCAGAGAUACACAACUCCAACGACCAGGACAACUGCAGACAAGUCAAGGAGAAUCUCCAGGCGUCGGCAGUGCUCAUGAUCCUGGGUGUGGUGCUGAGCUUUGUCUCCCUCUGCCUCUUCCUGCCCUUCUUCCACUGGGCUGCCACCAUUGUAGCCGAGGUUCUGGCAUUGUUCACAGUUUUGCUCUACGCUGCCGCCCUAGGAGUGUAUGCAGACACGGAGCAACACUUUGCCGGCUUCUUCACCAUCAACGGUGCAGAAAUAGACGGCUGUUUCUCCUAUGGUUUUGGCAUUGCCCUGGCCGGCUUCAUUGUCAAUAUCAUCGCUUGCAUAUUCGGGUUUGCAGCAAUCAUUUAUGGGAUGUGCUUCAAGAAGAAGAACAUUAAAAAAUAGCGUUCUUUGCAAACAUUUUUAGCAUUAACUAUUUUCUUCAACUUUUUUAAGCUGAUAGACAAUCAUAUAAACAUAUUCACCUACAUGACAUGUACACAAUUUGUAUACUUACGCACCAGUGCUCUAAUAAAUGAUCGUGAACAAACUGACAGAA